AUGCCGAUUUUGUCGGUACUUCACCUACAGACAGAGCCAGAGUGGCGCAGAGCCUAUGUCCUACUGACAUUCAUGCUUCAUGGUUAUAUAUGGGGAUGUCCAAAUCCAGUAGAGAUCAUCCCACCACCCCUGGCCAUCCCAUUAUUGCAGGUUUCCGCCCAUGUUGAGCUGCGCCCAAUUGCAACUUUUGCCGGAUUAUGUCUGUGGAAUUACAAAGUGAUCGACGCAGAUAAAUGUCACGCAGAUCCUGCAAACCUUCUUAUAGGCUUCACCUUCACUGGAACAGACGACGAGAAAUGGUUUUAUUUGAUAUCAGUGGCUAUUGAAGCAGACGGCGCAAGAGUAGUCUCGCUUAUGACAGAUCUCAUAACUGCAUCGCAGCGGCAGGACAGGGUUGCGGUGAAAAAGGGCCUGGAGUCACUAUGCAAAGCAAUCGGGCAUGUCCGGUUGCUAUUGCUGCGCAUGUACGAGCGGUGUGAUCCGCAUGUAUUCUAUCACCAUCUGCGGCCCUUCUUACACGGUACAAAGAAUGCGGUGAACGUUGGACUUCCACUGGGUGUUAUCUAUAACGAUGGAGCAGGGUCGCAAAGGUAUACACAAUACAGGGGGGGAAGCAAUGCGCAGAGCUCGCUCAUCCAGCUUUUCGAUAUUGUUCUCGGCAUUGAACAUUCUGCAGCCGAACGGGCCUUCUUGCUGGAAAUGCGCGAGUACAUGCCGGGUCCUCAUCGCCGAUUUCUAGAAACAAUCCCUCUCCAUGCGAAUAUGUGCGAAUUUGUGAGGAAACAUCCCUGUGAUGAAGAGCUGAGUGUUGCAUACGCUAGUGCUGUGCGUAUGCUUCGUUCAUUGCGCAACGCACAUUUACGGAUCGUCUCUCGGUAUAUCAUUGUGGAGUCGAAGAAGACAGGGCCGGUAUCGUGCUCCAUUUGCAAUUCUCGAACAAAUACCUCAAAUCCCUUAGAAGCUUUGAAGGAUCCAUGCCUCGAGCGCAGCAGAGAAAAUGAUAUCAGGAAAAGUGGUGGCGUUCUGCGGGGCACCGGUGGAACACCUUUGGUUCAGUUUUUGAAGCGCAUUCGGGAUGAUACGAAUUGUCAAGAGAGCAUGUUACUCGCUCAGUGA